AGGGACAAAGAGAGGGGGGGAGAGAGAGAAAGGAAGAGAUAGAUAGACAAUACUAGACUAGCACUACUAUAAAUGCACAAAGCUUCUCUUCGUUCACUCGCGCCGUUGAGCUCUUCUCUUCUCACCUUCACACCAAUCGCCUUCUCUUCUCUCCAUUUCUCACCUUCACGCCUCUCCUUCGUCCGCUUUUCCUUUAGAGCAAUGGCAUCCCACAUCGUCGGUUAUCCCCGUGUGGGACCCAAGAGAGAGCUCAAGUUUGCCUUGGAAUCUUUCUGGGAUGGGAAGAGUAGUGCUGAGGAUUUGCAGAAGGUGGCAGCAGACCUCAGGGCAUCCAUCUGGAAGCAGAUGUCUGAAGCUGGGAUCAAGUAUAUUCCUAGCAACACCUUCUCCUACUAUGAUCAGGUGUUGGACACCACAGCCAUGCUAGGUGCUGUACCCCCAAGAUAUGGUUGGAACGGUGGUGAGAUUGGCUUUGAUGUUUACUUCUCCAUGGCUAGGGGAAAUGCCUCUGUUCCGGCCAUGGAAAUGACCAAGUGGUUUGACACCAACUACCACUACAUUGUCCCUGAAUUGAGCCCAGAAAUUAAGUUCUCUUAUGCAUCACACAAGGCAGUCGAGGAAUACAAGGAGGCAAAAGCUCUUGGGGUUGAGACUGUACCAGUCCUUGUUGGCCCAGUAUCUUACUUGUUGCUAUCAAAACCAGCAAAGGGAGUUGAGAAGUCCUUUUCCCUAUUGUCUCUCAUUGGCAGUAUUCUUCCUGUCUACAAGGAGGUUCUGGCUGAACUCAAGGCUGCUGGUGCUACCUGGGUCCAGUUUGAUGAGCCCACUCUUGUGAAGGAUCUUGAUGCUCACCAAUUGCAAGCAUUUACUCACGCCUACUCUGAGCUUGAAUCAUCUUUAUCCGGUUUGAAUGUUGUGAUUGAAACGUACUUUGCUGAUGUUACUGCUGAGGCAUUCAAAACACUUACUGGUUUGAAGGGUGUUACUGGGUAUGGAUUUGACCUGGUCCGAGGAACAAAGACCCUUGAUUUGAUCAAGGGCGGAUUUCCUUCUGGGAAAUACUUAUUUGCUGGGGUGGUUGAUGGAAGGAAUAUAUGGGCCAAUGAUCUUGCAUCUUCCCUCAGUACUCUGGAGGCUCUGGAGGGAAUCGUUGGAAAAGACAAGCUUGUUGUCUCCACAUCCUGCUCUCUUCUCCACACUGCUGUUGAUCUCGUGAAUGAGACCAAGUUAGACAAAGAGAUCAAGUCAUGGCUUGCAUUUGCUGCUCAAAAAAAAUAA